CCCAAAUUCGGUACAGAUAGACAUUAUUUAUACUUACUAACUAUUAAAUAUUAAUGAAGAAACUCAAAAAACUCGUAGGAGUUUUCUAGAAACUCAUCCGACUUUUCGAGUUGGGUCGAUUCAACUGGGUUCCGAGUCGAGUCUUAUUUUAAACCAUGGUGGGGCCCACAUAAUGUACAGCUGGUAUAUUCCACAUGUAUACGAGGUUGGCACGUGUGACGAGGGGCUUUGAACGUUGGCUCAGCAAAGGUCUAUAAAUAUAAGAAAAAUUAACAAGUUCAUGUGUGACCCUACCUUAUAAGUAUAUAAAACCUCAAACAGCCUCUCCAUACACUUGCGUCGUUAGCUUUCUUCUCUUCAUUCUCUCUUCUGCUUCACUUCCCCUGCUUCCCUAGCUUCCCAACAUUUCUUUCCUUGGAAUCCAUUUCCAUAACCAAAUCAAGGAAUUAAUCAUGGCCAAAGAAGGAGACUUAAAGAGAGUUGAGUUGAAGGUCUCAGUUAACUGCUGUGAGGGUUGCAAGAGGAAGGUGAAGAAAACCUUGCAAAGCAUUAGUGGGGUUCUAGAGACCCAAAUCGAUGGGUCGCAGCCGAAGGUCACUGUCAUUGGCAAGGUGGAUUCUCAAAUUCUCAUCAAGAAGCUGGGGAGAGUAGGGAAGUCCGCGGAAAUAUGGCCUAAUGAGAAUCAAAAGACUAACAAAGAAGAAAAGAAAGCAGGAAGCAAUGGCAAGGAAGAAAUUGUCACCACAAGUGCUAAAGACAAGGACAACAAGGUCGACGAUGGAAAGAAAUCCGGUGGCGAGAAAUGCAGUAAAUGCUCAACACCUUGCAAUGUAGAAAAGAGCAAAGGAAGUGAGAGUGGAAAUAACAAUGGAGGAGACAAGAAAGGAGGAGAAAAGGAUCCCAAAAAGGCCGAUGAGAGCCAUACCAACUGCGCACCGCCAGAGGUCAUGAAGAAGGUAUAUCCUCCUCCUCAGGAAGGCAUGUUUCACGACGCCGGCAACAUUGUAUCUUAUCCGCCAUAUUAUUAUCCGUUCGAGCCCUCUACGGUCCCCUUACCAUAUUAUACUGUAAGUGCCUACACAACCCAUCUGCCGUACCCGGUUCAAGACCGAUACUAUCUUGAAGUGCCGGUGUCCCGACUAAUGGUGCAGCCACCAGGGCCACGGCUCACUGAGUAUUUCAACGAUGAGAACACCUCUGGAUGUUCUGUAAUGUGAGAAAGUCCCAUUCCAUUUCCAUGUUACUUUGGUUUGUAGUUUUAAUGUAGAAUUCAAUAGAGUAGUCCCCAUCAUGGGUUUUUCUUGGUAUCAUGUGCAGUAGUUUGUAUGGGAGGAAUUGCGUGAUUUUUGUAGUCACUUGAAUGGGUUUUUCUUCCUUCUUCGUUAGGUGAAUAGAGCUACCAUUGCAUGGAAA